AUGGCGUUGAAUCUUGAGAAGCAGCUCCUGUUUUACGGUGCAUACCAUAAUAAUCCAGUAAACAUUGCAAUUCAUAUAACAUGUGUGCCGAUUCUGCUAUUUACCGGAAUCGCGAUGGCAUCGAAUUCGCCCACUCUCUUCAAGCUACCUGAAGUCCUUCAGUUCGAAAACCUACCGCCUAACGUCGGAACGAUCGGAGCGCUUGCUUAUACCACCUUUUAUAUUCUUUUAGAGCCCAUAGCAGGAGCUCUAAUCGCACCGCUCCUCAUCGGCGGCGCGGCAUUUAGCAACCACCUUCUAGCUACAUACGGGAUGACAGCCAACUACUGGUUUGGUGGGAUCCAUGUCGUCUCCUGGCUGUUGCAGUUUGUCGGCCACGGUGCCUUUGAGGGCCGUGCUCCGGCUCUGCUCGAUAACUUGGUUCAGGCUUUACUCCUUGCCCCCCUCUUCGUCUGGAUGGAGAUUCUCUUCUUCUUCGGCUACCGGCCUGAGUUGAAGGCACGAUAUGAUACUAGUGUGCAGAAGGAAAUCGCGGCUUUCAAGGAGAAGAAAGACAAAGCCGCGAAAUGA